UCUGCUGAAGAAGUCGUCGACCGUCAUUGUUGGUUCCAGUCGAUCGCGAACACUUCUGCUGAAAUGAAGUACCACCUAAGUACGUUCUUUAUUGUCGUCUUAACAGUUCAAGGCGCUCCCCAGCAUUCCGUCUACGACCAGAAACAAACCGGGGAAUACAACAUCCAAGUACAUUUGAAAGACCUUCAGAUUAUAGCGGUGCUAGGGGAUGAAGCUGUGGGGGACUAUGAUUAUAAUUACGACUACUCGGAUUUCACUGUGAAGCCUCCGGCUGGGAAUGUAACCUUAAAACCUCCUCCUGAAGAAACUAACAGUACUAGUCCAUCGACUAAACCAGAAACUCAAUCUACGACCGAAAAAAUAGAAAGUACCACAAAAGUGGAACCCGAAAAAACGCCGACUACCGAAAAAAGCGAAAAAGUGGAUUCGGUACCAUUCAGCACGAGUUCUCCUGACCGAAUCAAGGUGCAAAUUAUCGAAGAGCCCACUGCAAAUAUCGCUAUUGUACCUUCCGAUGAUUUGGGAAUUUCUAGUACUUCACCUCAUGGGGAAGUGCUUCACUAUAGACGGUGCGCUAGUGGAUAUGCCAGAGAUAAGAGAGGAAGAUGUAGGCGAAUUAGAAGGCCCGCUCAUCAGCAUCAAUUUGACAUUAGUCGAUUGGCUAGUAAUUUAGCGGCGAGGAUUAGAGGAGCGUCGUCGGAGGAAGCGUCUCUUGGUGAAUCGAGGUCUUUGUAAAACUGAGAAGAGUACAAAAUUUUUUUUUUUGCUCAAAUAAGUUAUUUAUUUUUUUAUAAUGUCAUAGACGCUUAGUUUAUUUCUUAAUAUAUAAAUUUAAAAUACA